ACUAUGGGUAUCGGUUGACGCCCAUCGCUAGCAAAUAGAAAUUUUAUUGCUGAGCUCCCUUCUCCCUUUUCUGCACAGUGCACUCUGCUUUUAUCAAUUGGAGCUCAAGACAAAGCAAUAAACAGUGUUUAGGGUGAAAAGUUCCAACCCAAAAACGGCUUGCAAAAUUGCAUAUUCGCAGGCAAAACCAACAAAGCACAUAUAGCUGCCCGUGCGUCUGUGUGUGUGCGUUGUAUGUGUGUUUUUUGUUUAUUUCGCAAAUUCGGUGGCCUACGUGAUUAAAAUAAGCGCAAGCGGACUAAACUGAAAUGUUGGCUAAAACGUUCAAGAGCCGUAAUUCGCAUUGAUAACAAUUAGUUAUAAUCUGAGAGCGCGUGUGUGUGAUUACCUCAGUGUCAGAAGGUGAGGUGGUGUAAACAAACUGGGAGAGCUGUCAAGGUUAAAAUCGGCCGUCGCAUUUGGCUCUCCUCUCCCACAAAAUGCUAUGAGCAGGGGUCGCGGAAAGGUCAGGGAUUUAGUUAGCCAUUCCGGAUCCAAUUCGGCCAUGGACCCUCCGCGCUGUUCCAUUUGCGGAACUCAACGGCAGCUGCUGCGCUGCGCCAAGUGCAAGGCUGUCUAUUACUGCUCCCCCGCCCACCAGCAUCUCCAUUGGCCCGACCACCGCACCGAGUGCCGCCUCCUGACCCGCCAGAAACUCUACAGUAGCAACAACAACAAGCAGCAGCAACUCCAGCCACUGCAACAAGCGGUGGCAUCUGCUAAUCUGGAGGGCAGCGGCGCCGGCGCCAACUGCUCUACCGCUCAGAUGAUGACGCCUGCCCACCAGGCGCAGAGUUGGCCCGCCGAGGUAGACAAUCUGCUGAAUCUACUCGGACAGCCGGGCAUUCAAGAGAAGGCGGCAGCAGCAGAAACGGAAGCUGGUCAAAGGCAGCAGCAGCAACACCAUCAUGGUGAAAAGAGCUCCAGCUAUCAAAUCGGACUUGCGGAUGCCAGCUUCAUGGGAUCAGGAAGUGAGCGCCGCUAUGAGGAUCUGUGUCGCAAUAUCAUCAGCGACAUGAACCAGUAUGGCCUGUCCGUUGUGGACGACUUCUUGGGCAUGGAGACGGGUCUAAAGAUCCUCAACGAGGUUCGAAGCAUGUAUAACGCAGGAGCCUUCCAAGAUGGACAAGUGGUGACCAACCAGACGCCCGAUGCUCCCGUGGUGCGCGGUGACAAAAUCCGAGGCGAUAAGAUCAAGUGGGUUGGUGGCAAUGAGCCGGGCUGCAGCAAUGUUUGGUAUUUGACCAAUCAGAUUGACUCUGUGGUGUACCGUGUCAACACGAUGAAGGAUAAUGGCAUUUUGGGCAACUACCACAUCAGGGAGCGCACGAGGGCAAUGGUCGCCUGUUAUCCUGGAUCGGGAACUCACUACGUCAUGCAUGUAGACAAUCCUCAAAAGGAUGGUCGCGUUAUAACGGCCAUAUACUACCUGAAUAUCAACUGGGAUGCGCGGGAAAGUGGCGGCAUUCUGCGAAUUCGACCAACACCUGGAACCACAGUGGCGGAUAUUGAGCCCAAGUUUGAUCGCCUAAUAUUCUUCUGGUCUGACAUUCGGAAUCCCCACGAAGUGCAGCCCGCUCACCGUACCCGCUAUGCCAUCACCGUCUGGUAUUUCGAUGCCAAGGAGCGCGAGGAGGCCCUAAUUAGGGCCAAGCUGGAAAACAGCAAGACGAAUAAUCUGGUAGCUCAAGUCCAAUCCCAACUAGACUCCACCACCACACCACCUGCACCCAUAGCUUCGUCCUCAUCCAGUCUACCGGCUAGCAUGUCCACGGGAACAGGAGCGCUGAACGCGAAUGUGUCGAGUAAUUCCUGCGCCACCAGCAGCGAAAUAUGCACGUAACCCAAGCCAGCAGCUCAGCUAUAGGGCAACCAAAAAGUGUAAAUUUUUUCCAACCAAACACACAUGUAUAAAGCUAGUUAAAAACUAUUUAUAGCUCCGUACACGACGCAGCGCCAAGCCCGCAUUGCGAAAGUUAUUCAAAGCUCCUUUAAUCGUUAAGCCUCCUAGUUUAGUCUCUAAGUCGUACCCUUAGUCAUUCUCGCAUUAACCAUUAGCUUACUGCCAUGUCAGCGUCCGAGUUGGUUGUUUAUUAAUUUUACUUUGUUGCAUCUUUGUCAGGAUCUUUUGCCUAGCUCAUUCUUAAUUUUUGGCUGCCAAAGUAUUAUACCUAAAAAGAAGUUAACUAGAUCCAAUCACAUAAGCAACUGUCGCGACGCUCAUUGCAUCUUAUCUCAAAAUUAUUUAAAAAGUAAAUCGUGUGGAAAUGCGGUUACUGGCUACCAAUACUUCUUACGACUCUUAUGCAUCUUGUUAGGCAUAUUCUUGAUAUCGUUUACAUCUAAUAACAAACCGAAAUAAAUGUUACUCCGUAAUA